UUCUUACUGAUUUUUUUCUCUUUUAUUUUCCUGAUUCGUGGUGUUGCGGUUUAUCCUUCCCUUUUGUCGCCGGCUUCCUGGAGCCUGACUGCGGUACCCGGCUGGUCGGAAAAAAACCCCAAAAAAUCCAAACCCAACAAAACAGAGACAGGAGGAACUCAACGCUUUUUGUUUUUCCUCGCCCGGCUUUUUAUGAAUAUUUACAGCGUUUGUUCGGGUUUUUAACGCGCUUCUUCUAAACUGAAGGGGUAUUUGUUUUGUUUUUUAAAGGAACUUGCAAAAUUCCAAUUUAGAAAACUCUUGUAAAUUAACGCUAAAGGACUAUUUCCCUGUUUUAUAAGGAACUUGCAGGGUUCUGAUUUAGAAAGUUCAAGUGACCCGUUUGUGCUGUCCUCUACUGACGGAAGCAAUGUCUUCGUGCUUGUAGAGGCGUCAUGACACACAGCAGCAUCAUGGUGGACGUAGGCAAGUGGCCGAUAUUUACCUUACUUUCCCCCCAAGAAAUCGCUUCCAUUCGGAAAGCGUGUGUGUUCGGGACGUCGGCCAACGAAGCCAUUUACAUCACGCACAACGACGAGGUAUUUGUUUUUGGACUGAAUUGCAGUAAUUGUUUGGGAACUGGAGAUAAUCAGAGCACAAUAGUACCAAAGAAAUUGGAAGCCUUAUGUGGAAAGAAGAUCUCCAGUCUCAGUUAUGGAAGUGGACCCCAUGUUGUUCUAUGUACUGAAGAUGGUGAAGUGUAUGCCUGGGGACAUAAUGGUUACAGCCAGCUUGGAAAUGGCACAACCAAUCAGGGCAUUACUCCUGUUCAAGUUUGCACAAAUCUGUUAAUAAAGAAAGUGGUGGAAGUAGCUUGUGGCUCUCAUCAUUCCAUGGCACUCUCAUUGGAUGGGGAUCUGUAUGCUUGGGGCUACAAUAACUGCGGUCAAGUUGGAUCUGGAUCUACAGCCAACCAGCCAACUCCUCGCAGAGUUUCCAACUGCUUGCAGGGUAAAAUUGUAGUUGGCAUCGCUUGUGGCCAGACCUCCUCCAUGGCUGUAGUAAACAAUGGUGAGGUUUAUGGCUGGGGUUACAAUGGCAAUGGCCAGCUCGGCCUGGGGAACAACGGGAACCAGCUGACACCGUGCAGAGUGGCAGCCCUGCACAGCGUCUGUGUGCUCCAGAUUGCCUGUGGCUAUGCGCACACUCUAGCACUAACAGAUGAGGGCUUGCUCUAUGCCUGGGGAGCUAACACUUACGGGCAGCUGGGGACUGGCAAUAAAAGUAACCAGCUCAGCCCUGUGCAGAUCAUGAUGGAAAAAGAAAGGGUGGUGGAGAUCGCCGCCUGCCACUCGGCGCACACGUCGGCGGCCAAGACGCAGAGUGGCCAGGUGUACAUGUGGGGCCAGUGCCGGGGGCAGUCCGUGACCUUCCCCCACCUCACCCACUUUGCCUGCACUGACGAUGUGUUCGCCUGCUUCGCCACCCCGGCUGUCAUGUGGCGCCUGCUCUCCGUAGAACAUGAAGACUUUUUAACAGUGGCGGAGUCUCUGAAGAAAGAGUUUGACAGCCCUGAAACCUCAGACCUGAAGUUCCGUGUGGAUGGAAAGUACAUCCAUGUCCACAAAGCUGUUCUGAAAAUCAGGUGUGAACACUUCAGAACCAUGUUCCAGUCAUACUGGAAUGAGGAUAUGAAGGAGGUGAUAGAAAUAGACCAGUUUUCCUACCCUGUGUAUCGUGCCUUUCUCGAAUACCUGUACACGGACAGCGUUGACCUCCCGCCUGAAGAUGCAAUAGGACUCUUGGAUUUGGCUACUUCAUACUGUGAAAACAGACUGAAAAAACUGUGUCAGCACAUUAUCAAGAGAGGAAUUACUGUGGAAAAUGCAUUUUCAUUGCUCUCUGCUGCUGUCAGAUAUGAUGCAGAGGACUUAGAGGAAUUCUGCUUUAAGUUUUGUGUCAAUCAUUUGACAGAAGUGACACAAACUACAGCAUUUUGGCAAAUGGAUGGUCCUCUGCUAAAGGAAUUUAUUGCUAAAGCCAGUAAAUGUGGAGCCUUUAAGAACUGAAAAAAUGAGGCCGUAAGUCAAGGUGUUUGUGGGGUUCUUUUUCCAGCUACAACGUAACUGUGUGGGUCCAGGCAAGUGUUAUGUGGUCUAUUCCACCACAGAACCUGAAAGGCCACGGUGAAAACAAAUGUUUUCAGUGCUCAAGAGCGAACUGUUGUAAAAAUGUCAAGCAAAAUACUCACUUGCAUUUAACAAACCUGGCUGGUGGAUCCAGCUCAAGAUUUCAGGCAAAGAGGAAGCGCCGCAGUGUGCAAAGGAUUCCUGCCGGUGUUCUGGACUUGCUUUUCCAGCCUAGGAAAUCUCCCUCCUAGCACCGCCUGUUCCUAUUUCCAAUUUACUGUUUGGGGUUGGAGAACAGUCUGACCCGAGCCACUGAAUGAUGUCACUUAAAUCAUUAACUCCCUGGGAUUAUAGAGAAGCAAAUGGCAUGGUUAUCUCUUGCUGCAUUUGCAUGAUUGUGAACGAAUCGGCCAUUUGCUGUGUGUAAUUAACCAAGUGUAUCCAGUGCUUCAAGUGUGCAAAAAUAACGUAUCUUCAAAGCCUACGCAAGUGACUUCAAAGAAAGGAGUUACUAGGAAAACUAAUUUGAAGUAAAUCUCUAUAUUUGGGUAUAUUUUCAUAUAAGUUGUAAUGUGUUCUUUGUGGAAUCUGUCCAAGCAAUAUUUAUAAUGCUUAAUGGAAAUAUUUCCACUCUUCAGUGACUUCAGAUUAUGUUGGUUCCCUCAGAGGGGGAAGGGAAAGCUGGGUGGGAUUUUGCUUUUAAUUAUUGUCUAAAUUUAAACUACAUGUAAUAAAAUUCACUUUUUUGUACCUCUUCACAAGCAAA